AUGUAUCAUCACAGUCUUCGUCAAGAUGUUUUUAUAAAGGACGAGUACCAUUAUUUAAGCGUUUCUAAAGUUGGAGCGUUUACAGUGUAUGACAGCCUUGACUGCACCUUUGAAUGCCUCGGCAAUCCUUCCUGUCUGUCCUUCAACCUGGCAGCUUCCAAAGGAGCAGAUGGAAAGUUGCGGUGUGAGUUGUUAUCCUCAGAAAAGUACAGCAGUCCUGAGGAAUAUAAAAGGAACGAGAGUUUUCAUCACUUUUCCAUCAAGGUGGGGUAAAAUCUUUGCACAGAGUUUAUUAAAGUAAGAUAUUUUUUGAUAUCCCAGUCUAUGCGACUUUUAAUAACCUGUCACGAACACUAAUCGACGUAGAAGUGACUACUGCACGUAACAAGUCGGGGUUAUUCAGUCGAAUGUCACUUUCUCCUUUUUUUUUCUUACUUCUGCCAUCAACACUUUUACGCAAAACGAAAUUACCUUAAUUAUAUGGCAUUUGACAUCAACCUUUUCUUAAACUAUUUCAGACUCCAUGUAUGUCAUCACCUUGUCAGAACGGAGGCACCUGUGUAGCGAACUAUAAGUAUCACUCGUUCGACUGCCGUUGCAAAGAAGGGUUCUAUGGAGAAUUUUGCGAAGAAGGUAAUUGAUAUUCAGACCGGGACCCCCGUUCAAGUUAGGACAACCAAACUUAGCGGCUUUACCUAAAAUUUAUCUUGGAAAAUUUUAAAGGCGUUGUGACGUGUACGUCAACAUUGAUGUUACCAUGGCAACCGAGUUUUGACAGCCAUGGUUUUCAGAAUUUGCUUUUUCUCUAAGCAAAAUAGGUUUAAAUUCAUUUCUUUUUUAACUGAUUGAUUUAUUACGUUAUCUACUUCUUUUUUACAGUUGCCAAGUCCUCAUGCCAAGAUGUUUAUAAUCAGCUCACAGAAAAGUGGGUAAACCUAUGCAUAGUAAUUUAAUUGAUGAGGAUAGAUCACUUAAAGUCCGGGGGAUCAUUCGGAGUGCGUCAGUACUGUGUUUAUAAGCCAAAAAUCAGCCGUCAGGCCUCAAAAACGGAAUACAAUUGUGUUGCAGGGAAAGUCGAUAUCACUUAAUUAAUUGUACAUGUUAGAAUUCGUAUCGUGGCUGAUGAAUUCUAUUUCAGCCUUUGUUCUCCACUCUGGAAACUUAGGGUUAUUAGAGACCUAAACUUGUAAAAACUGUUGAAUUUUUAAAACAAAUGAUUGGUACUGUUAAGAUAAUAAAAACCAUAAUCUGUGAACACCACCAUCCUGCAAUGAAGGCCCUCCAGCAAAAAAAGUUGUUGAUGAAAUGCGGUUGAACCCCGCCGUUUCGUUUAAUACGAACACCCGUAUAAAACGAAUGGUUCGUUUGUACCGACAAAAGUUCAGAUAUUUCAGUGCUCAUAAGUAAACCUGGUUAAUAUGGAAAACAAACACUUUUCUUGUGUCCCGAGUCCCAAACUGUCAUAUAAUAAUUAUCGUAAACUCCCCCGGAAGGUCCUCAAUUAAGUUUUAUAGGGCAAGCUUAGCCCUGGGUCUAACUCCUUACGUUUUAUGCCCAUCAUUUUUGCAGAAAAGGUACUCCUUUCGUAUACCAUUCCAUUCGUCUCUAAUGGUUAAAGGUUCGAGUGGCUUGUUGCAGGCACUUCAUCCCCAGGGGGUACUCAACAAAUUUUUACGGUGAUAAUCCCUGCCCCGAGGUCCACGUCCUUACCUUUUCACAUACCUUUUGGCGGUUGAGGGGUGGAGUGGCUUGUUACAGGUUGAGGGGUGGACUCAACAAAUUUUUACGGUGAUAAUCCCUGCCCCGAGGUCCACGUCCUUACCUUUUCACAUACCUUUUGUCGGUUGAGGGGUGGAUUUGUUAAGGCAUUUAUCCCCAGAGCUCAGACCAUACAAGGGCCAAAAUGAGGGGCCAAUGAAAAAGACUACCUUAUCAAAAUCAAACCUGCACGCUAUUUUAAUUGGAGUUUUUUUUUUUUAGUAACAAAAUCGUAUUAACCCACAGAAAUCUGUAAUUAUUUGAAAAAGGUUCAUUGUAUGCAAUUAGUGCGUGGUUGUGACAAGGAAAUAGACCGUGGCAGCUAUAGGUAGCCAGUGGUCACCAGUGUCCAUAAAGCGGGGUUGACGACAUGAGAAUUUAAGUCUUCGGAACACAGAAAAGUGUCCGUUCUCCGUCUCAACCGUUGUCCUUAUUAAACGGGUUGGAGAAAGUACGUGAGCUUCAAUAAUUAAAACAUGCAAAACUGACUACUGAAUAUCUGUGUAACAUGUUCUGAGUAGUUGUCAAGAAAAACCAAUCCAAGUCUUACAUGUAGCUCGCGGGUAAAACAGGGGUCCUUUGCCGUCAGAUGGGAAAAACAUCAUGCGCACCUUUUUCGCGGUUUUUCGGUCGCCCCUUUCGCCUUCCCUCUGAACAUCUGCUACACUGUUUAGCCAUCUUCGAUGUCCGAAUUUAAUUGCUACAGAACACUUUAGUCAAAUACACUUUAUUAAAGUUAGGUGAAGAGCAGCACAGCUUGGUAUUAUAAUGCAAAAAUAAAUAUCAACCUGUGCUUGAGGUGAAAUUAUAUCAGUCCAAAGUACAUUAAUCGUGUAGUAGCUCCUAGUAACAUGAUGGGGAACCUGACAAAUUUAGAUUUGACUGAGAUUGUACUGAAUUCCAUUCAUUUAUUUUUGUAAGAAAAAGAGAACCUUUUUUUUUUUUUACAACCAGUUAAGGUACAUUCCAUUUUUUUCUCUCCGACAGUUGGGAGCUGGAAAAAUUAAAAUGAGAUUUCAUUUUGUACAGGUUGAACGUGAGUCGGCUGGUCACUCUUCUCCUUGACUCCAAACUAGUUUCAGUUCUCUGUCACUUUGGAAAUUUUGGAUGCGGAGAUGGAGGAUGGACACCGGUCAUGAAGAUGGACGGCAACAAGGUAAGACAUUUGUGUACGUUUUCCCUUAGUUUGGCGACGAGAGUAGAAAAAAAAAAUAAAUACAGGUUUGCCUCUGUCAGAGGUAAUUUUCAACAGGGGCACCCAACGAGGAUAUAGUUCAAAACCACUUAACAUAGCAUUGUUGAACGUAUUUUAGUAUUCAAACGGUUUGAUAUAGGCAUAUUUUUUCUCGUUGGUCCCUCUGAAAAUUUAAGUUUCAUCUGUGUUCGGAUUUCAUAGCUGAAAAUCUAGUUAUCCGAAAAUGAUAGGGAUAAAAAAUUAUACCUUUUUUCAUUCUAUCGGUGACCAUUAACGUCAUUUUGCGUGCUGUGGCUAAAUUGUCAUUUUAUAAAGCUGGAGAAGUGAGGACAUUGCAGAUAUUCUUUUCAUUGUAAUGGAUCUUUCAUUCUUUCUUUUUUCUUCUCCUGAAAGGAUGUUAUCUUUAGAAGAAAAAAGAAGCUUAAAUUUCAACUUUUCUUUUUAAAGGACAUUUUUGCUAUUUCUUCCUCCUUUCUACCACAGCAAACAUUUCAUUACGAAACAGCCUUUUGGAGAAACAAAGAAACCUUUCACCCUGACGGAGGGAAAACUGGGUUUGACUCACAGGAAACCAAACUUCCCUCCUACUGGAACACAUCCUUCUCCAAGAUCUGCCUCGGUAUGAAGAUCAACAACCAGACCAAUUUUAUUGUCAUUAACAAGCAGGCGAACUCCUUGUACUCUCUGAUCGCUGAUGGGCAAUAUCGCAGCACCUCACUGGGUCGUGACAAGUGGAUGUCACUGAUUGGUUCUAAUGCCUCAUUGCAGCUGAACUGUAAAAAGGAAGGGUUCAACGCAAAGUGUACCUUGAGUGGUCGUUCCAAAGCAAGAAUCGGUAUUCUCGGCAACGAUCAAACAGAUUGCCAUGAAUGUAACUCCAGAUUGGGGUUUGGGAGUGAAGGGAACUACGAUGAUAGGCGGAAUACAUGUGGAAAUUUGGAUAACCACAAAGGAAAAAGACUGAGCAUCAAGACAAUGGGGUAUAUCCUGGUGCAGUGA